AUGGAAAUUAAUCAUCAGUACCCAAACAGUACUAAAACGACAACAAUGAAUGAUGAAAAUAAACAAAAAAAAUUAUUGGACAAUCCUAUUGAUCCAUUAGGUUUAACUCGUCCAACAAUGCUGCCUACGGCAACAAAUACAGAUGUCUAUGUACGGUAUUCUGGCAUUGACAAUAUCAAUAUGAGUCCGUCACCAUUAGAUACACGACCACGUCUAUUUCAAGCAGGCUCAUUAAUUGAUUCAAAAACUUAUGUACAAAUAUUAUCCGAAGUUUAUGCACCACCAAAUAUCAAGUGCAAAGAAGAGAAAGAAGAAUUCAAUAGUGAAGAUUUAAAUGAUGAUACUGAUGAACAUUUAUUCGAUGACGAAAUUCUCAAUCAGCAAUGUGAACAGGAAAUUCAACGACUUACUCAAGUUAUUCGAAGUAGUCAACCUGAAGACGGCAAUGAGACUGCUAGUAUUAUUAUGCAACAAUUAAAUGAUUUAUUAGCAACAAAACAAACAGCAAUUAUCAAUGAUAAUGAAAAUCCGAUAUCACAACAUCCAAUAGGAACUUAUGCAACAACAUCAACAAUGAUACAACAUCCUUAUCCACCUGUUAAUCAAACUGGUCUUGUUCAAGAUCACGAUCGUCCUUAUGCUGAUUAUGGUCAUCUUAAUCGACAAACUAUAGCCGAAGAAUGUCAUUUUAAUUUACAAGUACCAACACGAACAACAACAACAACUAAUACACCAACUAUUCGAUUGGAAGCAAAAUCAUUUGCUAUUACUACAUUUACAAAUGUAUCGAAAGAACUAGUUAUGAAUAAAAUUAAAGAAGAAUUUGGUAUUGAAAAUAUUCAAUAUAUUUGUAUUGGCGAAGAAAUAAGUGAAUUAAAUCAUCAGCGACAUUUACAUAUACAAAUUAUUUUCAAAGAAAAAAUUGAUCGAAGAAAACCAUUUCUUGAUGAUAUAACUCAAACACACUGUAAUUAUCAAGUCACACAAAAUGAUUGUGCUUGGAAUGAAUACAUUAAGAAAGGUGGCAAUUGCAUUGAAUUUAAUGAAUUUAAAUCAACAAAAACACGUGGAGGUGAAACGUAUUGGCCACCUCAAACACCAUCAUCAUCUUCUUCACAUAUGGCUUCAAGCAUAUCGGACAAUCCAACUACAAUUACUAUUAAUCACCCAACUACGACUACUAUUACGACGACAACAACUACGACGGUAAGAGCACAAGCCGAAGAAAGACGUAAACAAAAAGAAUUUAUUGCAAAACAAGCAAUUGAAUUAGCAAAAUCCAGUGUCAAUGAUGCUUUAAUAUACAUGCGAGACAAUGCUAAUGCAACGGAAUUUAUUCGAUAUGCUACAUGGUAUAAAAAUACAUUUACUUUAAUUUACAGCUUAGAAUUAUUUGAAAAAAAUAAGAUGAAAAGAAGUCUCAAAGCAAUAUGUACUUGGUCAAAAUCAUUUCCUCAUUGUACAUCAGCAUUACGUACGUAUACAUUUUGUGAAGUCGUCAAUCGUUGGAUACGAGAAGAAUUUCAUCGUACAUCACGAGCUAAAUGUUUAAUUCUUAUUGGACCAAAAGGCACUGGAAAAACAACAUUUGCUAAAUCAUUAUCCCGUCAAUACAAUUAUUUUAAUGGAAAAUGGGAAUCAGACAAUUGGGAUGAUUCUGCUAGUUAUUUAAUUUUCGAUGAUAUUCCAUGGGACCAAUUUGAAGAAUUAGGUUUUCCUGUUAAGAAAUCAUUAUUUACACAAAAUGGUAUUACUUUUACUACAGAUACAGAUGGAGAAAUCGCUGAAAUCUAUGUUGCCCAACCAGCGAUUAUACUUCUAGAACCUGGACAAGCCGAGGGAGCACUAGGACG